UUAUAUUGUAUUCCUUUAAAACUCAAAACAGAGAUUUCAUUAAUGUAAGCACUUUUAGAGUCGGGUUUCAAAGCUCUUAUGUACUUACGUAUAUACUUAUAAGCGACGUUAAAAACGCGCAAGCUUAUAAAAGCUUUUAAAUGAUUAACUGGUUGACAAGAAUGUCACUUAACCAAAUGUCUCCCUUAUGUGUCAAGUCUUUGUCACUUCCAAAUUAAUAAAUAGUCUUCGAUGACACCACAUAUUCUAGUCAUCUAACGCAAUGCAGUGUUGAUACAAACAACGGUUGCUAAGCAACGCGCGCCUAAAUGACAAUGCCCCAAUAUAUCGUAACUGCGCUACUCCUCGCGCUCGUAGCACUGUCUUCGAGCAAUGUGCUCCCUGUCUCCAUAAGCGACCUCAACAGAGAACCACUAGGCUUAGACGGCCACUCUGACAAUACAUAUAGUAAUAGAUAUCAAUCAAAAAAUGUUCUCGACGAAAUUUACAACAUGUACGUCGAAAGAGAAAACAGACCAGGAUUGAUUAAUAAAUUACAACUAAAGUAUACGGAUACCGACAAUAAACAGAAUGAUGAUAUUUUCAGUAUUAUAAAUAAAGACGAUAAUUACAAUGGAGAAGGUUUUCGGAAAGAACAAUGGCAUAACUAUCCGAGGCAGUUGGAUCGACUUCACGAGUUUUAUGGGAGAAAUGCUGAGAAGAGGAAUUUCGAUCCUGACCCUGACGACGAUCAAUAUACUGCAGAAGUCGCUCCGGACGACCGAGACACGGCUGACAAAACCAACGAAUACAGCUCCCUCAACAGUAUUCCGGACUCGAAAGUCUACGAUACUGUGCUGACCCCUACCAACCCCUUUCUAAUACUAAAAAUUCGAUUAGCAUGCCUGAACAAAGAUAUUGAUAAUGGAAAGUUUGCUACCCUAAUAACUGGACUAGAAUCUAAUUACCAGAAAGAGGACGAACGUAACGAAAACCCCGAAGUAAACGUUAUGAAAGUUAAACGAGAAGAUAUACCCAGUUCUCAAAAUAACGAGUUAACAGAUAACACAACGCAGAAAGUUGUUAACAAGAGGAUCUUCUCGCUGUGGAGCCGACUGCAGAGCCUGAACCACAAGGGGCACGAGCUGCAGCACCGGCGCCACCUCCACGCGUUCUACAGCCUGCCGGACUCGGACGGCGGCGGGACCCUCACUGCAGAGACCAGGGCUACCCUCAUGCGACCACCCGGAUCACCCCUGCGAUGGGGAUGAAUGAACUAGAUAUAAACGCUUCUUUAUGUUCCAUCAUUUGCAUAGGUCUUAGAUUCAUUAAACAAAAAAAUAAUCGAAUAGUCUUCGAAACGUAUUUACAGAGUUAUUUUGAAAUGCUAAACGACUGUGAAGCCUGAUCAGUUUUGGACAUAAUCGGAGCCUUUAAUCAGGAACUACGAUAAAUAAUAUAUGAAAAUGACUAAACUGCAGUUACACUUGUGGAAGCGAGGUGCAUUAAACUUCGAAGAUUUCUCUCUCGCUUUCACAAUCGGUAGGCUUCUAGGUUGAGUUUGAAAAUCGACGGGCUUAGACAAGUACAUUCGUAAAGCAUUCUUAAUAAUGUACUACUUAAUAUGACACAAGAUAAGUAUGAUACAAAAAGUAUUCUUAAUCGGUGGUAGCAGAAGUUUCAAGCCUGUUUUGUUUUAUCACCAUCGUAUGAGUAACGCUUCUGUGAGCUUUACUUAGCCAGUUGUAAUUGUUAGCGAUAGAUGUCUCAUUAAUAUUAAAAUGGAAUGUGUAUUUAAAGCAAUAAGUAAUGCUGGAUGUCAUUAGUCAGUAUUGUUUACUUCGCAACGAUUUUUUGAGUAUUUUUUACAAUUAACUUCACCGCAUGCAUUGUAUAUGCACGAAGUAAUUUUCAAGCACUUUCUACGGUAGUUUUAUUUUGUUACUUGAACAUGAAUAUUGAUAUUCUUGAAUUUGAGUGCGCGUUCGAUAUUUGAUGGCUUCUUUAACCGACUCCUAAAAAAGGAGGUAUAUAUGUUUUAUUUUUAAAUAUGCUGAAUAGUACAAUAAAAUGACCAAAUCAUUAUCAUUCUAGAUGGUUGUCUGGUAGUGAAUAAUUAUUUAUGACAAAGAAUUGUAUUGACUGUUUAUACAUUAGAGAACAAUAUUACAAUAAGUAUGUUAAUCGAAUAAUAUUAAGUAAGUUGACUGCGGACAAAUACUUUUGUUCACGAACGCAUAAUUUCAAUGCUUAAUGUCUUCUUAAUAAACCUAUUUGUUAAUAUUCCAUAGAAUAUAAUAAACUAAUUAAAUACUUCCAAAUAUAUUGUGUCUGUAAGGUUUUAAAACAAAAAGUAUUUGAAUAAUAAUA